GUUUGUUCGCAAUGCACAGAGCCAUUAAAGACAUGUUCCAACGGACUUUGCGACGGUAAGGAGUGUGAGACCAACGUAACGAACAAUGCAGUUGAAGCCAUAGUGGCUAUAAUGAGCGUUUCUGUGGUGUUGAUCAUCGGUUUAGUGAUGCUGUUGGUGUACAUAUGCCUCAAGCAAGGACCCCGGUCACAAAACAGCGAUUCUACGAACGAUUCUAAUAUGAUAACGUGUGAAAACACUGCUAUUGAAAUUCCUGAUUACUUGCUUAGGAGACGCUUUUCUUCCUUAAGCACGACGUCGGGUCCACCGCCGUAUUUUAGUCUCUUUAACUUCAUUUGUAAUGAAAAUGGAGAGAUUCUUAACACUGUUAUAGGACAAAACUUUAGAACUGAAAAUCUACCACGACUCCCGAGCACGUCCGAGCAACCUCCCGAAUACGGAGUGUUGUUCGGGACGCCGCCGCCUUACGAUGUGGUUGUUCUGCGGAGUGAAUCGUCAACAACAGGUUUUGAGACACAAGGCGAUACAAGAUCGUAAACUUCGCGAGGAAACUAUAGAUUGAAUCUGGGUUUAACUUUUAGACACUGAAAUUGCUGGUUUAAGCACUUUUGAAAAACAAAAAACAGGGAUCAAUAUGAAACACACUGAAGUGUGUCGCUUUGAUCUGACGUCACCUGCACCGGUUGUGUUAUCCACGAAGGGGAUCGACAGGACGAAAAUGACGCAGAAGGUAAACUGACAAACUUGUGACUACCUUAACACCGGCUAGACUCCUUUCGUUUGAGUUUCCUUUCAGAGUAAGGAUGAUUUUACGGUAUGUCAUGUAUAGAUUUAUAGUGAAGGUUAAUUAGACUGAAUUUCGUAUCGCCAGAUUUGCGUUUUUUGGGGGGGACCCCAGUGCAUGUCUAGUUUAGAUUCAGUUCACAGUGAUUUCUAGAGGCCGGAUUACCAACUGAAGCAAGAACAAGCAGGAAGCGAAGGCGUUGUGGUGGUACAGUUACUUAAAACUGAAUAUCUACUGGUUUCAAUAACCUGAAUAACAUGCUACUCACUGAGACUUUCGUACUGUAAAUCAGAACUUAAAAAGCUUCUGAUUGUUAUAAAUGGUGGAAAUGCAGAGUAUAAGGGAGAAAAUUACAUUGAAAUAAAAACAAACAAGUGCGGGAGAGGAUACUAUCCCCUCUUGGCUACGUGACAAUUUAGCCAUUUUUUGUAGGGCCAGUGAGGCCAUCAACCCGGAAAGGGAGCGUCAAGAAGUAAGCUCACAAACGGAAAUAGGCAAAGCUUUGCGACAAUUGUUUACUUUUGGACAAUAUAUUUAAAAAAUAAAAACUUACUGGACAAAAGGCCCUAUCUAUCUGUUUAUUUACUCUGAAUUUCUAAAGAACAUUACAGAGCAGUCAUUGGGGCAUUAAGCUUAGAACAGCGUUUUACAGUAGCCUGUUCCAAGCGUUUAGAUCUUGGGGACGGCGCAAAAAGAUGUUGAAUAUUUUGAAAGCCGAUUUUGUGAAAAGGAACAAAUGCGCUAGUCUCGGGACGUACUUUGAGAUCUCUAUUCGCUUAACACGUCUUUCAAAGCUACGCGUUGAAGCUUUUACUGACAAACAAAUUCAAACAGCAUUUCAAUAAUAACAACAAAAACCGACAGCAGCUAGUAUAUGAUCUGUUCAGUGAAAAUCGACGGCAGAGAAGGUGGAACGAGUAAUACUUGCCAGUUCUUUCAUUUUUGGAGGUAAAGGAUUUAUUCGUUUGCAGAAAACAAAUAUAAAAGAUGAAUACAGGCAUAUAUAUUUUUUUAAUUCAGUAAACAGUGCGGUUUGUCGCCCGUUGCUUGAUUGACAACUUUUAACACCGGAAACUACGUUCGAAUUGCUAGCCGACAAAGUGGGCGGAAUGACCUUUUGAAAACAAAUCUCACAGGCGUUCCCUCCUCUCUCCUUCUUUUCCACUAUCCGAACGCAGCAAGCUCCGUUUUACAGUUGUGCUUAUAUAUAAAAAAAAUGUUUUAGUGCGAAGUAAGGGCCGUUUCUUGGAAAUCCUGAUACUUUUAGAAAGUAGAACAGGCAGUGUAAGUUUCAGCCCACAAACAACCGAAAAUUGAAAAAGCCAGAUGUAAUAAUACUGAUGUCCUGUCAAGAGCGUAGAAUCUUGAGUCCACCCACCCCCUUUCCCUAGAAUGGUUGCGAACCUAUGACCUGCUAAACACCAGACGGAUGCACAGGGUCCAUAAGUUUGAACUUCUUUUAAAAAUGGCAAAGUAUAAAUCCUCGUCGCUUCGCAAACUUAAUAAGCACAAUUAAGAACCUAGUCUCCUGGCCCAAUGCCGGAUCUUUACGGUUCCAAUUUGAAUUGAUUCCCGACUCCAUAUCUCCUGAUCAAGAGCUUCUACAGAUCUUCAUUUUGAAAAUAAAUGACCACUAGCAUUUCCUCGUAGGCGCAAAUGACCGUUUACUCUUAAGAGCAACGGCAGAAAGACAAGCUUUGUGAGCUUUAAGCAUAAAUAUUUACUGUUAGCCGAUCAUGGCAUCUUACGAGCCUUCAGUGUUGAGGUCUGGGGUGUAUAUGUUGUGAAACGAAACUGUAACAAAUUAUUGUCAAAGUCUUGUUGUUCGCACAACAUAGUAAUCUCCUGUGGACCCUGUGGCGGAUGCUCUAUUCACUGAACCACUAAGAGACUCACUUAACAUAACCAUGAUGCUAUUUAUUUUACUGACAUCAAAUCUACACUGUCUCAGGCUCCUGACUGUCUUCAAUUAUUGGUGUCGCCUGUUAUGGACACACUGAAACGUCACUAUCACCCUGUGUUGACUUGUAUAAUAUAGCAUACAGUUUUUAAUUCACGGCAUAUAUCUACAUUUUUUUUCUUGACGUACCCUAUAGCAUCGCUGACUCUACUAGCCAUCAUAGCUAUGCAUUCUAUCGUAUCUGCGUAAUAAAAAAAUUAAAAAGUCUCAUGUCUGUUAUAUGUAAAAACACCUCUGCACUCCCUAAAAGGAGGGUCAACUUGACUUGGCAGAGAUGAAAAGACGAGAAGCAAGAUAAGUUCAAGGUACUUUGAUAUACUUUCCCAUAAUAAAUAGUCUAAUUACUAUAGUUGCUUUGUAUGAAGAAAAUGUGGUCACUUUGCCUCGAGUACUUAUAGGAUUAGUCUUAAGUACGCAGACGCCGGGUUCCGUCAUGUGGCUGCCGAAGAACUUGAACUUUAGUCGUUUGGAGUUCUACUUCAGGUUUGCUUUUGAGAAAAACUCAAUUUAAACAAGCAACAUUCCAGUCUUUUACUCAGCUGUUAUUUACAGCCCCUUAUCCACUAACCCAUAGAAACACCCUUUUCGAAUCCGUGUUGGUGAAAUAACAAAAAGAUCUUUGCUAGACAUUUGAUUCCAGAACAACUGAAUUUAACGAUCUUCCGCGAUCCGAUCAACAUUCUGGGUUUAAAGUUGAGCAUGCAGUCAGUAAGCCUCUGAUAACUUAUCUAGUUUUUACACAGAAAUAAGUUUAAAUUCAGUAUUUUUUAAGACCUAGUAUCUUUUCCACCCUCUCUCACGAGGUUAGUCUUAUCACCUUACAGCUUGUCUGCAUUCAAGAUUUAUCCGCUUUUCUAUACAUUAGGGAUGAAUAAACGUAAGUUAUCAAGGCAAAAAGUUGAAUCUGCUUUAAAAUUACAUCCGUAAUAUCCUUAACUUUACUUGGCCUCGUGCGAUUACAUAAACCAUUUAACUGACCCCAAGAGCCAUAUGGUACUGAAUUUUCUGUUCGGAACAUAUGCUACCUAGAAUUGUAGUACCAACCUUCCAUUUUGACAAAAGGCUCAUCUUCAGUUAUUAAACACGGAAGCAGGCUGGCGGGUGGCCCCUUAAGAUACACCGUUUCUGUCUAUGGGUUAUGGUAGGCGACCAUGUUUGCCACGUAGUUAUAUAAAAGGCAACCAUGACUUUCUAAAUGUGAUAAUAUCAUCAUCGUCAGUUCGACCUGGUAUCUUAACCAUCUGUCUGGGGUAGGAAAGCUUAGGAAGCAAUCUACGGCUACAGAUGUGGGAAAUACUCGUUCCCCUACACCAAAACGGUUUAUCUUAAGGUCUCUAUCAUCACUAUUCUUCGCCCCAUUCCUCAAUUAAGAGGUCCAACAUUACGAAAUUCCAUUGACUUCUCAGCGUGAAUAGACCUCAGUUUUGUAGAAGGAAGUAUCAGUUCAGUAUCCUUUAUCGACGACAAAGAAUCUGGAAUUCGUUGCCUACUUUACUAAGUAGCUCCCAUUCCGCAUUUAAAAAAUAAUCUGAAGGGUGACUAUCUUAUUGAUGGUCUAUCAGUCGCUUAUUUUUUUUUGUUUCUGUUCACUUUGUCCUUAGCGAGGUAUUUAGCAAUAUAACUUACGGAAGCCUAUUAAUGUAUUUUAAAAAGCUACUAGCUCCGCAAGGCUUCCCUAUCACAUUGGUUUAAAAUUUAUUAAGUGUUAAAAGUUUUGUUGUGUGGGCGACGAAAUAAACAAAUGAAUAAACAACCGCCUACUUACAAGCUAUUUUGUUUGAGUUUAUUUGACUGCAUUCAGUGUUGGAAGAAAACAUAAAGCCUAUCGAUCAACAGAAUAGGACACUUCCGAGUUCCAAAAACCCUCACUUUCAAAAUGAGGCCAAGUGUACAGCCUUUCUUGUGAAUAUGUGUUUUAUUUGCAUGAGAAUGAAAAAUAUUUCCUCAUCAAAGGUUGAACACUUGAUACAGAGGCCCGGGGGAACUCGGAAAUGACCUAUUAAAUAACAUAUUUAUAACUCCAACAAGCUAUUCAUUCUUUUUGCCUUUUGGCAGCCCCGAUUUAAGCAUUUUAGGUAACGAGUUCGUACAUUCUGAUUGGCAAAAAACAGCCCUGAUUUCAGCACUGAAAUAACGUGCUCUGACAGUUGUACUUGAAUGUGUUCUAUCACCUCUUGGGCGAUCUUGUUCUUUAUAAACCCAAACGUUGAAAAUAAGGACUCGGUUAGCCUUACCAUUGAAUUAUUGUACAUUGUUUAUCUGCUCUGUUAUUUUCGCUGUCAGCAGAAUCGAGUGAAAGGGUCAAAUCUGUUUAUAGAGUUACCAUGGCAACAUUGAAAACAUAACGAACCCUGCCGUCAGCUUUAUUCAAUAAGGAAGAAAGAAUUGAGGAAGUAGGUUGUUCAAGAAAUAUUGAAUUUACUGCCAUGCUAGAUGAAACUUCUACUCUCUUACUUUUUGUAAACACCGCCAAUUCUUCCCUGCAGGGGUCAUAUAUUUAAGGAAAAAAGUCCCCGAUCUAAAUUUAGAUCAACAGUUGUAAGUUAACCACUGACCAAAGACUGACGAAAGUGAAACGUCAUAAUUAACUAGAACAAAGUGACGUAGUGUCCUUUUCUUGGUCAUUGACAGUUACUAUAUUAGAAUUAGACAUUCUUUUCCCCUUAAGUUUAUCACUUGUUUAAAAUCGAAGGGUCUGUGCUGUCUUCGAGUUUUCGUUUGAAGAAGAAAAAGGUUUCAAUGAGUUAAUACCUAUAUCUAGGUGCAAAACCGUGACUUAGGUACUUACGGUAAUUAAGCCAACAUAUAAGUACAUUGUGAGAGUUGGAAUCUUUGCUAACAUCAUAGACGGAAAAUACUUUAAUUCAGUAUUAAAAACUGACUUGUUCCCUUGCCAAAUGACCCCAAUUUCAGUUUGAAAAACUGUUUGACCUAAAUAAAACUUCUGUCUUCGUAAUCUAUGCUAAAUCAGAUGCAAACAUUUUGUUUUCCUCCAAUUUUACGUGAUGUGACUGAACAACAUUCACAUGCAAAUAAAGGGUAUUCAUUAAGACCGCCAACUGCAGCCAAGAUAUGUUCCUCGCAUCGUUUCACAUGAACAAAAAUGUAAAUUGCGGUCCACUAACCGACUAAAAUGAAAAUAACCCAACGCACUAUGACGAAGCAGAAAUUGAACUUUUGAACAAAACACAGCGAAGCAGGAUUCAGUGUUAAGUCGAGUUAAGUACGUCUGGGAUUGAAAACAUGUCUUUAGUACACAUCUUGGUAGCAGUUUAUUUCGUGAGCCAACCUGUCGCUACAAGAGGAAACGGCACAAACGAAAACAACAGCCAAGUGAUCGAUAACAUAAAGUGCGGUUUAAUGAACAUUUCUUGUGCCUUUGGAAAGGUUUGUAAAGGAGGUGUUUGCAUCGACGUCGCAAAAAAUUCGACGGAAUCCGGGCCAACGAAAAUGACUUACCAAGAAGAAAAAGACCCAACAUACGAAGUAAUAACAGACCCAACUUCUAGUACUACUUCGCGAAGGCAAUUAAAAACAGACACUACUAAGUCUCACAGUUUCAUAACCGGAAAUCAGGAAUUUGCAAUCGCAAUUGUUGGAUUCUGUGUUCUGUUCUUUAAUUUUUGCUUGAUAUCUUUCUGCCUGGGGCGAAUGAAAAGAAGACGAUUGGCGCAGUUACAGCAUCAAAGGCUCCGAGAGGCAACGCGCAGUUCUCAAGCUUCACAAACGGGGGACUGGAAUGCUGAACAACUGAACAUGGGGAUUGACAAUUUUGCGCUCAAUGGCGAGCUCGAUGCGUUCUCUAGUGAUUUUAUGUUUCCCCAAGUGCGUCUGCCACCUUACGACUUCUCGUCGGCUUACCAUAAACCCAGGCCCAUGGAGGAAGGGGACACGGUAGAAGGCGAAUUACCCAACCAGGUCAGCAUCGAUGUUGAGAACAUCGAUGAAGACCCCCCACCUUACAACGAUCAACAGUUCGAUCAUUUGAACAGCCCACCGAGCUACGAUGAAGUUUUAGUGGUUCGGAGCAACGUGGAAGAAAGCACUUCUUAA